AUAAGAGGGAGCAGGAAGUGUCUUUUGGGUGGAGGCUCCCAGGAGGAGGAAGUGCAAGUGACAGUGAUGAGGCAGAUGAUCCUGGUCCAGAGCCUUGCAAAGAGGCGUCCGGCUCAACUCGGCAAUCGGGAACGAAUCCCGAAUGCACAUUUCUUGGAGCAGAUUAAACAUGAGUGCUGUUUCUCCAACGGGACGGAGCGGAUGCGGUUUGUGCAGAGACUCAUCCAUACCGGGAGGAGUAUGCGCGCUUCCACAGCAACGUGGGAAAGUUCCGGGCGGUGGCGGAGCUGGAGUGGAGGAGAGUCCAGGAAUGGAAACAGCCAGAAGAACCUCCUGGGCUACUUGCGGGGUCUGUUGGACACCUACUGCAGACACAACUGUGGGGUUUUGCUCACCGCAGAGGCGCGGAGCACAUUCUGAACCUGCACAGAGCAAGAUGCUGAGUGGAGUCGGGGGCUUGUGCUGGGCCUGCUCUUCCUUGGGGCCGGGUUGUUCCUCUACUUCAGGAAUCAGAAAGGACACUCUGGACUUCAGCCAACAGGCCCCUGAACUGAAGGUGAUACUCAGAAAGAACCUUUAAACCUAGCUCGGAAGCAUGAAAAGAUUGCGUGCCUGGCCUCCUGUUCUUCCACGAAAGGAAAGCUUUCUCAGGACCGGGUCUGCUCCUGCUUCAAUGACCUUGCAGAAAAUGUCCUGCCUGGUGGCUUUCUCAGCCCUGCCCUUGGCUUGGAAGUCCCGGUAUUGAUGGCAAUACCCCGUCUUCAUUCUUUCCUGGUCCCCUUGGUACCCAGCCUUACUGCCUCCCAUAAAUCUGAAAUUACCUUGUAUGUAAUGUUAUUAAAUUUUUCUGGAAUAAACAUGGAGUGAAAAAUUA